AUAAGUGAUCGAAAAAAACUUGUAUUGGUCUAACUAAACGUGCUACUGUUCAAUAAAUGAAUUUGUAUUCGCUAGAAUGUUAACAAAGCUCAACUUUAUUAAAAUAAUUAGUCUUGUCAUAGCGUCUUUUAAAUACUCUUGUUGUGAAAAUGUUUUUUUUGUUGUAAACGAGUACGCAGAAAGAGGAUCUCAAUUUUAUUGCAUAACAAACAGCUCGCGUGCCUUAAGUUGGGUAACUGAAGACACCACAUUCAUCACAGAUUUACAACAAGGAUCAAGAUUCCUGUCAGUCGAGGAAAAUCUCUGGAAGGUGGACUCGUAUGAAAUCGAAAACCAUGGUUGGAAGUAUGGUGAGUCAGUUGCAGAUGAAAUUAUUACCGAUCAACGUUGGGAAAACAUACAAAUUAACAAAACAGACUACGUUGAUGUGUCCUCUACAGACGAAUUACAAUUUUUAAAGAUCCUGGAGCUAAAAAGUGCAAAUUUUAAAGUCCCGCUUUCAAUCCGUACCAACCAGGAAGCUCACAUAUUUCUGUGUGAUGGUGUCACCGUCACAUCAAACUGUUAUUGGUUUCUAUUACAAGCAUUUGAAGGAACAGUGUCUGGUGUGCGAAAAUGUCCUAUUGAUACAAUACCUACAAAAAAUAAUGUAUACCCAAAGAAACCCUGCUACGAUCUUAAAGUUUCGAUAAAACACGGAUCGCAGUUUCCUAAAUUUUUAAGUAGAAGUGCUUGGCAGCACUUUAUGUUGGUAAAAGAAAAUAAUAAAAUUAGUCUUAUCAAACAAGACGGUCAGGAAAUUAUAUCAUAUACCGACAACGAAAACAUCAGAUACAAGGUAAAUAAUAUUUUAAUACACAGUAAAAGGUCUGCAGGCCUCUGGAAAAUUCAUGAAGUUAAGUAUUUUACGACUAGCCAGAGCAAAAAAACACAUUUUAACAUGACCUUACUCCCAGUAAAUGGUAAAAUUUGCAUUACUGCUUUUAUUAAAAUGUGUGAAAACUGCAAAAUUAAAUUUGUGAUUAUAAAUGCAGACAAUGAAAAACACAUUCUAGGACAAGCAACUUACCAAAAGGUGUCUCAGUGGACCCAAAUUAGGUUUAUUACAAACGCAAUAGGAUACAAAAGAGUUACACUUGCCAUUAUUACUGACGACGAAACUAGUUCAGAUCAUUACUGGGCCAUACAAGAAAUACAACAAUGUGAAGAAAAUGGUUUAAGAAUGAUUUAUUCGGAGACGCUGGCAAACUGUCAACUUUUAUCUUCCGAUAAUAAAGUCAUUUCUUUGGAUAAUGCCGUAGCAACAUCUUAUCCAGACAAGUACGCGGAGUGUGCCGAAAGCACAAUUAGUACACACUGUGUACCAUGUAACUUAUUUGUGAUUGAAAAUUGCGGAAAGCUUAAAGUAUGCGAAAACAAUCAAAACGAGUUGUUGUGUUCAUGCUCAGCUGGAUAUAAAACAGACGAUGGAAAUAUUAACUGCCAAACCAGUUGUGAUCCAGGAACCUACGGACAUUAUUGCACCAAGACGUGCAAUACGAAUUGUCAGAAUUGUGACACUGUUGAUGGAAUGUGUACAGAUUGUAGUAAUUCUUAUAUGGGCACAAAGUGUGACGUGGCGCCAAUGCCAUUUUUUAAAAAUAGUCCCGAAAUAAAAUCAUUUGGAUACACUGAAGCCGAAAUUGUUGUAAAUAAUUUUAAGUUAGAAACUUUUUCAUUCAACGCUGAUCUUUUGUACAAAUACACUGUCCAAUACAAGGAAGCAACCGCUACAAAUUGGACUUUUCACCCGUACAUCGUUUACGUAGGGAUAUCACACACAUUUACAAUCGAAAAUUUAAAACCUGGGGUAAAAUAUUACGUUAGAUCCAUUAUAAUCGAAUAUGAAACAAAUUACGACGACAUCAUUCCCACAGCUGAUUUUGUUACAAAGUGUGACGUUGUAAGCAGUGACGAUUUUCAAGUAGAAGCUACCAGUACGACAGCACUUUUAUUCGUGAAAAAAGACAGGAAUUCUAGAAUUUGCAAAUUCCUGACUCCUGAAACAAAUAUUGAAAUCCGGCCUAAUAUAUCGGAAUCUUAUUAUUAUUUGGAGGGCAUGACUUUAAAUAUCAAUGGUUUAAGACCUUUUGAGGUCUUCAAUUUGACAAUAAAAAAUAAAAACACAGUUGUGGAACGAUCAUUUCGCACAACAGAAGGAGUACCAGACGCCGUAACGAAUGUGAUUGCAAGAGCCAUUACAGAUUCCGAAAUUGUAGUAGGGUGGAACGCUCCACGUAAUCUAUACGGAAACUUUCGGGAUUUUGUUGUUUCAUAUAAGAUAAUUAAAUUUCUUACUUGUGAUUCCGCUCCAACUGUUUCCGAAGCAAUUACAAAAACUUCGACAAAGCCAUCCAUAAUUUUAUCUAACUUAAAUCCGCAUACACUAUAUUCAAUUUCUGUUAAAGCCAGAAAUACAAAAUUAUCUGGACUGGCAGAAACGGAAGAACAAAGUACCCUGCAGUCAGACAAAAUCCGUGAUCAAGAAAUACCGAAAGCAUCUUUAAAAAAAACCAAUAGUCGCUCGGUGGAAAUCGAGUUUUCGAACGUACCCUGUGGCAAUCUUGGAGCCCCACUAGAAGUUGUAACAGUUGCAGUAUGCUUAACGAACUGGUGUAAAAACCAAAAUGUAUCGAAUUCCCUCACAUAUCCUCAACAUAAGACGCUCAUUUUAAAUAAUGUUACUCCGUUCACAAAUUAUCAGCUAAAAGUUGAAUUUCAUAGAAACAAUUUCAGCAAAAUUAUUACAUUUGGUAGCUUUAAAACUAAAGCUGAAGCUCCUUAUGCUGUUAAUAAUUUGUCGGUUUAUUCAAAAAAUACACACUCGAUUUCUGUCCGAUGGCGACCACCGAGUCCUCCGACUGGAAUUGUAAAUUUGUAUCAAAUAAAAUUGCUUGAGGAAGACAGAAUUAUUAAUGUCACAGACUCGCCUUGUUUUUUAUGGUCCGAGUACCAGUGUUACACUUUCGAAAAUUUGAAAGAAAAACAGCGUUAUUCUGUUCAGUUGACUGCGAAAAAUGAGGAACCGGAUAGGUUCGGACAAUACACAUCAGUUCAGGCGUUAACGGAAACUGAACCGGCAGAGAAACCUCCCGAUGUUAUGGUCAAGUGGACUUUGGAGAAUGAUGUCAACAUAAGCUGGAAACAUCCAGUUGUAGCAAAUGGCGACAUUCAAAGUUUUAAGAUAGUUUUUGAAUAUUCAUCCAAACAGGGACGAAUUGAUAGAUUUUUGAACAUCACAAAAAGCCAAUAUAAACCUACAUAUCAAAUGACUGUAAAAUUGCAAACUAUUCAAACGUCAACACCUUAUAAAGUCGUGAUUAGAGCUUACAACGGGUUAGAUGGCGACGAAGCAUAUUUUAUGGACGUGAGUCCUCCUGAAAUUCCUUUACUUGAAGCAGAUCCAACAAUUGUUAACGUUUCAAGUAACACAGUCACACUCCAAGUCGAGAAAAGUAAAAAUUUUAACCCUAAAAACACUUAUAAACUAUUUUUGUUGGUGUCAGACGAGAGUCCACGCUCUGACUUUGAUCCAUCGGAGCUACAAAAAUUGGAGAGUCAUUUCGGAAGUCUUUCCCCAGGGAAAGUGGUUUUUGAAUGCAACAAUUUUACUGCUGCAAAACAAUUUGUAAUAGGACGCAGCAACGAAGUUGCAAAUUGCAGACAGGACUCAAAUAUUACUUUAACCACUGGAACCUCUUACAACGUAACAGUUCUGCUAGUUAGCACCUAUCAAAAUAAAAGUAGUUACAAAUUAUACUCCAAAAGUGCACUCACCUCCGGUGAACCUCUAAACUCCUCCUGGGAUUUAAGAUUUUUAGCUUUGUUGUUCUUGCUACUGAUACUAAUCCCCGUUUUCUACAUAUAUAGCUUUCACAAAAAGAAAAUGCUUGCGGCUUCAGGACAAGACGCCGUCAAUUUUGAACUGACAUCCUCAGUGGAACUACGUUUGAAUGUUGCGGGUUUAGAUCAUUUGCAAUCUAAACCAAUUAGAAACAGAAAAUUCAACAAUUACGUUAAGACCAACUUAGAAAAUAGAAAACUGGCAGCACAACAUAAUGCAAUCUUACAAACUACUGCAGCAGAAUAUGAAGAAAUCGGUGAAAAAACGUAUUUAGAACGUAUUGACUUAGACUUUACUACUGGACAUCGUAUUCCCGAAGUUUAUGCAAUCUGUGAUGUACCCAAAGAUUUUGACACCUUUUGGAAACUGGUCUGGAGCGAAAACAUUGAACACAUAGUUUUGUUAGAUAAUCUUCAGUGGCAACAAAUUAGAAAAUAUUAUUGGCCCAAAUUCGGUUUAAGUUUAGACAUCAAAAACAUCUUAGUGCACUGUAUUCACGAAGAGAUUUUCACAGAUCACGAAUACCGAACGUUUAAACUGACGUAUCAAGAUCAAACACGUGUAAUCGACCAACUUCGUUUUACGGCAUGGAUCGAUUUCGAUUUACCUCAUUCGUUGACGUUCGUCAAUUUUUUCAAAAAAAUGUCUGUAAUGUCGUUAAACAAAACUUCACCUAUUCUUGUCCACUGCAGUACUACACGUGCAGGAACCGGUUUUGCUUUGUUAUGUGACAUGUGCUUAAGAAUUUCUAAAAAAGACAACGUUGUUGAUGUAUUCAAGAACAGUCAAAUCCUGAAGGAUUCCAACUUUAACUUGAUAGAUAGUUAUAAGUGUUAUCAACUGGCUCAUUUAGUUAUUUUAGAAUGUCUGCUUUCUUUUGAAUUGGACGUGGAGGUGGAUCUACUCGAUAAUAAAUCUGAGCCUUCGGUACUUUCUGAGAAAGAACUCAAAAAAUAUUUAACAUACAUGAAAAACACCGCUUGGAUAGAUGAAUUAAGUCCCGACAAAAAUCGAGACAGCAACAUAUACUUUCGUGUUGAUGCUCCAAGAUACGAAGGUGAGCUUCUGUUAAGGCCUUAUUCUCCUGAUGAAGAAAUCGACUCUUUUUUAUCUUCCCUCGACGGAGUCAUAAUUGAUGAUUGUUCGUGUCCGAAGAAGUAUAUAUUACUUAAGCACCCUCAGCAAAACAAUCUGGAACAAUUUUGGACAAUGGUGUCGAAAGUGGAUGUUUCUGUAAUUAUUAAUCUGAACGAAAACGACUUUUUUGGUGCCAAUCUGCUGCUGAACCAAGGCGGCUUACAAGUUAGUAAAACCCUGAUUCUUAAACUCGUAAUUGUUACUCAUUUCAAGUGUUACGAUUGGAUAACUGUACGAGUGCUUAUCGAUGGACAAAAGCACAGCAAAGACGUAAAAGUCUUUUGGAUGAAGAACUGGUCGGGAGAAAAAGUUUGUCCACCGUCUGUAGAGGAUUUUGUAGAGUUUUGUAUCGAGACUAGCAGGGUAACGGCUGUUUGUAAUUCUGUACUAAUUACAUGCCGUGACGGAGCUACAGCAUCGGGACUGUAUGUGGCGAUGUCUUACAACAUAGAAAACUUUAAAAAAGAGAACAAAUGCGUCAUUUGUACUUCCGCAAGACUUGUAAGACGAUAUCGUCACCAAUUUGCAACAAAAGAUGAGCAGCUGAAAUUCCUUUGGGAAGCAACUGAAUAUUUCGUACAACAAUUUAAGUUGUACGAAACGUUGUAAUUAGCAAGAAAUCAUUUGAUUUUUUUAUUUACAACUGAUUUUUAUAUUGUUGAUUAAUAAUAAAAUAGUUAAACGCA